CAGUUGCCACCAAUCACCUCUCACAAUUUCUUCGCCCGCCAAAUACAAAACCUCUCCCUCUCACUCGCUCACUCUCACAAAGGUCACCCAUUCAACUACAUCAACCAAGUCAAGUUCUAAUUUCUGCGGAAUUCAUCAGCUUCAUCACCAGCGAGGCAUGUGAGAAGUGCCAGAAAGAGAAGAGGAAGACCAUUAAUGGAGAUGAUUUGUUAUGGGCGAUGGCCACUUUAGGAUUUGAAGACUACAUAGAACCUCUUAAAGUGUACCUAGCAAGAUUCAGAGAGUUGGAGGGUGACACCAAAGGAUCUGCUAGAACUGGCGAUGGAUCUGUUAGACGAGAUCAAGUUGGUCUAGCGGGUCAAAAUACUCAGCUUGUUCAUCAGGGUUCACUGAAUUAUAUUAGUUCCCAGGUGCAGCAACAACAUUUGGUUAUUCCUUCAAUGCAAAGCCAUGAAUAGAUGCUUCAACGAAUCUCAAAUUUUCACUUGAAUGCUUGUGCACAUGAUGGCAUGGACGGAAAUAAUAAUUUCAUGGUUGUAAAUUUAGGUUCUUGUUUAGGGUAAAAAGGCACGGGCUUCAGAAUUUUGUUUAAAAAAUUAAAUGUUUAAAACUGUUAAUUUUAUAAAAUCAAUGUACUCAUUAUUUUUAAAACAUGACAAGCAAAACCUUUUUUUUA